ACCAACCGGAAAUGGAUAAUUCAACAUGCGCAAUGAAUUAAAAAAUUUGAGUACGAAGCGCCAAUGUUUUCCUACCAAAGAUCUAAUUUCCAAUGGCAAUGCCAGGGAAGGUGAAAGGCCUACCCAGCAACUUUCAGAUGCAUCCACAUGUGCACCUUGAAUCAUUACCUGUAACCUCAAUAGAAUCUAAUCAAAAUGGUGAAAUACAAAGACAGAAGAAAAGUUCUUCAGAUGAAAAUCAAAUGUUAAAGUUUCCAAACACUCGGGCAGUUCUUUGGGAUCACAAAUGUAUAGACACUCCGGUCCAAUUACACAUAUCCUACUACAGAAAACCUAAGUUAUGUGUACUGGAACGUGUGAUUCGUUUUGCUCAGCGCCAUUUACAGAGCACAGGACAGCAGGAAUGUCUGUGUUCAUUAGUGGGAUCCCUCUCCAUUGAUGAAGAUGGAGAGGGUGUCAAAUUUACCCUGGACCGAUUUGACCCGGGUGGCGGGCUAACAUCCAGUGUGGGCGCCUUGACCCCUGGGGAUAUGGCGGUACCAUUACAGAUUAUGGGCAACACUAAGAAGGAGAGGGAGAGCUCAAUAGAUGAUUAUCUCAUAGGAUUACAGGUGCUAAAACAACGAUGUUGUGCAAAGGAGUCACUGGAUGUGGGCAGUUUGCUGCUGGUGAAGGGCUGGUGUAACUUCUACUCCACCGGGGACAAGAGUGUACACCACCUGGAGUUUGAUAUCAUCACUAUGGGAACCGAGUUCAAGGCCGUUCCCAUUACCCCUGUGCCUAUUGUGCCAACUGCUUUGUCUAAAAACCUGUCCGGGCCAAUGAGUCUGAGUCACUUACAGGGGGAACCAAAAACAGGCUACCUGACAAUGGACCAUACAAGGAAAGUGCUGUUAGUGUUGGAGUCUGAUCCCAAAGUCUUCAAUCUACCUCUUGUUGGAAUAUGGGUGAGCGGUGUGUCGUUUGUGUACAGUCCCUUUGUGUGGGCCGCCUGUCUACGUUACCUCCACAACUCCAGUAUCACCGACAGGAUAUGUUCCCCACCAGAACCCUUUCUCCUGGUCCUAUACAGCCCUGUCCACUCUAAGCCAGAGUUCUAUGAAAUCAGUACAGCGUCCGGUACAUCCAAGAUGGACUUUGACCUCCUCACGGGAUACGAAGUUAUCAGUAUAUCUAAAUCCAAUAAUCCUAAUGCUACAUUUGAUGUCGACUUAAAUAGUGUCAAAACUGGACAUAAGAGAGAAUUGUUUGAUGGAGCUCUUCAUAGGUUCAGUGAAAGUUCUUCUUCUGACAAACCUGCCUCUACGUCAGCUCCCGUCAGUGAUGAAAUAACACCAAGGAAUAUACCUGCUCCUCACAGAUCUAAGUUGCCUGCAAUGAUGUCAAUGGUGCCAGAAGUGUCACUGUUAUUUGGUGAGGAUGGACAGUCAGGGAUCCUCUCUGAUGCGGGACCAAAGAGAUUGGCCAUCAACCAGGGGCGACCUCAGAGCGUUAAUAACCUCAAGGACUUCACUCCCCAGCGCCCAAUGACCAACCUUUCUAGUCAGUCUGUUAUGCCGGCCUACUCACAACAGCCCCCACACUACUCUGGGCACAGCAGUCAGCAGCCACCGAGGAGAAUGCCACUGCACAGUCAAAGUGCCCCAGAACUCAACCAGCUCUACCAUCAACAAAAUGGCUGUCGUCAGCCUCGUCCCCACUCCACCACUGGCACCCAGGGCCCAGCAGUCAGCAGAGUGGGUAUUCGAAACUACAUGGGCAACAUGGCGUUGUCUGAAGAGGAUGAUCAGAUGUCAGUUGGUAAGCAAAUGUAUCCCCAGAACUCUGUGGUGACUGACAGGCGGGGCAUGCCUGGCCCUGUAUACCAGAACAGUGGACAAGCUGAAGCACACCAGGGUAUGGCACGGGUGAAUGGACCACAAGGACAGAGGAUGACUAAUGGCUAUGAUGCAUACACUGGCCAUCCUUUUCCAGUCUCUCAAGCAUCAUCAGGUCAAUACCAACAGCACAGCCAACACCAAGUGAACACGAACUGUAACAUGCCUCAUCCUAAGCAGGUGCAGUAUGGUGACUACAGCAGUCAGCAGCAGCAGCAGCAGCAGCAGCAGCAGCAAGGUGCUGAGUUGACAAGAAUGCCAGAUCCCAUGUCGCAUCCACAUAUGCCAAGUAUGCAAGGGCAAGUACCCUCCAGGUCUGUUCAGUUACCAGUUCCUGUCCAGCCACAACCCCGAAUGUCACAUCCAGACCCCAGGAUGGGACAGAGUGGUCCCUUCACAGCUCCCACAGGACCAAACAGGAUGUACCAGCAACAAACCUACAGCCAACAAACGAGAUCCAGUCAGCCACAGUCGGCAUUCAUUCACCACCAGCAUACUCCUGCCUCUCAUGGGCAGGUUUAUCCAACGUCAGUCUCCAAUUGUCAGCUAAAUCCAAUGUUGGCUUCCAGUGGUCAAGUGUAUUCAACUCCCUCCUCCAACAGCUAUGUGUAUUCCACUGCCCCCAAUGUAGGUUUGGUCUCAAAUGAGCAGACACCAGCUCUCCAUUCCAAUGGACAGAUGUUUGCCACCCCACAAGUAACCAAUGGUAAGAUGAUGCAGCCAAUGCAGGAAAAGCCCCCUCAGUUUACACCAGUGUCUGGUGGACAGAUAGCCUCCAGUCAGGACCAGAGGAGAUCUACAACAGAGGGCGACAGCAGCAAGUCCAGUGAUGACAGCGGUCUUAGCUUCACUCCAGAGAAAGGAAACAAUGCUAAAAGUAGUGCAUCUCCCUCGGAAGGAUCAAAGCAAUCUAGUGUGCCGCAGGCUUUAGGGGGAUCAAAUAUCAACUGGAACCAAGUUCCAAAAGAGGUGUAUCAGCUCCUUCUGCAGCAGGACACCCAGCUCAAACAGUUGCAGUCCCAGAUACAGAUGCUCAUGCAUAGUCAGAGUGCCUCCACACAGUGUACAACCAUGACAGACUUGCCACCCUCCAUCAACUCAACUGACUCUAGGGCACAGGACAGCUCAGCUGGCCCGACGACAGAGGAGAAUAAACGUAACAAUAUGUGUUCAGUGGGGGUCAACACCACUGUGCUGUAUCAGCAGAGUAAACAACCUGUAUCACUCCAGACCAGCCCUCAAAAGGGUCGACCACAACUACAGCAUCCGGUGUCCUUACCCCACAGUCAUUCCUCAAGUGAUGGGUCCCAGCCAUACAGCCAGCACACAAGCCACCACUCAAGUGAGGAGUCACAGUGCAGCAUGGGCGACCCCAGACUGAGAUCAUCAGGGAGUAGCUCGGCCCAAAGUGAGGCUUCCAGGUGUAGCAAUGAUCCUCGGACACCAGCAGAAAUCCGACAUAGAGGGGUGCUGCCUCUCAAUAGCACAGAGCGGGAAGAGGAAGUUGACGUUUCCCAAAGUGACCUUUCCCAUGUGAUGGACAACAUGACUGUCCACAAUCAGACAGUGGAUAGUGUCCAGUCGGAGAUUAUUGUUGACCUCCCAAGCUACCAAUCUUCUCCCUCCAGAUCCAUCACAUCCAGAGAGACAGAGUCAAAUGAGUUCAGUAAGAGUCCGCUGUCAGCUAGCAUGUGUGGUGGUCACAUGGAGGAGGGGGACUCGGAGGAUGAAGACGUGGUCAAUGAUAAAAACACAAGGCAGUACUACGACAAAUUAAUGGACAACAUUCAUAAGAUGUUGAACCAACAGAGUGUGGAGGACAUGGACGGAAUGGACAGUGGUCAUGUGGAGAUGACCAGGGACACACUACAGCAGAGCAUCAUGUUAGGACAGCACCUCAGUAACAUACAGAGGUAUGACGUUUCAAGUAACCCUGCUGACACAACAUACAUUCCCAAGAUUAACUACAUGUCCAUGUUAUUUGACUCGGACUCGGACAGCUCCAUGGAAAUCAACGCCAUGGCAAUGAAAUACCUCAAUGAUGAGCAGCUCACACAGAUGAGUAAAGCUCAUUCACAAGCUGCUCGCUCAAAGGGCUUGACAAAAGGCGCGAAAGAAAAUCAACGACUAGCAAUGCUUAAACAUGUACUACAGAAUGACAAGGAUUCUACCCCUAAUGUGACUACGAUGGGCAUGUCUCCUAACGACAUGACCUUUGCCACAAGAAACUACAUGGAGAAACAUGGCCUCCUGAGCGAGACUAACGGUGACAGUACCAAUAGUGGCAACACUAUGAUAGACAAUACUUAUCAGUUAAAACUGGACUACAGUAUGGCUACUUCGGGCUCUGACACGCCUGCCUAUGUCACCCCAGAGGUGCAUCGACACAGACCUGUGAAGGGGGGAAUCACCCCCCAGAGUAGGACACCCAAUAGUCACAAUGUCUCUGGCAGUCCUUUAGUGCACAAACAGCUGUUAACAGAUAAAAUAAGAAGUCCCCAAAUUAAUGGCCAUAGUAAUAAAGAUUACGGGAGCCCUUAUGUAGAGAAGACACCGAAAAUAGGAACCCCAUAUUCUAACUUUUCCCAUGUGACACCUAAAAGUACUCCUACCCGUGGUGUACAGCAGUUCUCCUCCCCUCAGCAGGUGCACACCCCUGCCAGGACCUGUCAGGGAGGAGGUCAAGAUAAAUGUUUUACACCACAAGGUCGGGCAAGCAACAAUGCCACGCCGACCCAACAACAUCCUGCUUCAAGUACACGCCCACAGGGUUACCAUGACUACAGCAGUCCUGCAGGGGACAACCGGCGGGUCGUGUCUGGGGACAGGGUGCUGAGUCCAAUAGCCAGGGAACCAUCCCCUCCUCCAACUCGCCAUUCCAAGGAGGACGAUGACAACAUACUAGAUAUUACUCGUCUUAAGACACUUCCUAAGCUACUUUAAUGUUGGUUGUGUAUAGUUGGAUCAAAGUCAUUUUAACUACCAAAGAUAGGCGGGUAGCAAGUAAUGGUGGUGCUGAUAUUAGCCAAAGUGAUUUUUUUAUUUAAAGCAAAUUAUGACAGAUAUUUUGUAGCAGUUUUUAGAUAGGCAUUAAUAAAAUUAGGUCAUGUAUAAAUUGUUUGUAGAUAAAACGUUGAUGAUACAACAGUAAUGAGUGAUAUUCAAUAAUAAUUGUAAGCUCUGUGGAUCGUCGUGAUGUUAAAUGUUUGUUCUGAAAGUUUAGAAGUAUAUAUUCUCUAGAUAAAUAAUUCUAUGUAUUUGUACAUGUGUAUGCACACAACUACAACACAAAUUUGCUACUGUGAUACCCUGUAUACGUUGUUUUGUAAAUAUGGUAUCCAUGGCAACGUCAUUAAGUUUCCUGAUGUCUGUAUAUAAGUAAGAAGUUGAUACAUAAGCCUAAAAGGCCAAUUAUGAUUAUGUAAUCUCUGUGAAUGAAAUGGCUUAUAAUAAUGAAUGAAAGUAUAGCUCGUCUGUGAAUGAGGGGAAAGCACGUCUGUGAAUGAGAGGAAAGCUCGUCUGCGAGUGCCAAAUGAACCUGAAUAGUAAAUUAUGUAUCUCACCUUUUCCCUUUCACGGUACAUGUAUGAAAGUAUAACUAUCACAUUGAUAGUGUUUGAAUGACUACGAGAACUGUGACGAGGGAAGGGGCUUGUGUAUAGAUGUUUGAACAGCACUUGUUGUGUACAAUGAUAGCACUGUUUAUUGGCGAUCCCUGUGUGUAAAAUGGAUCUGUUUUCAGUCUGUGAUAUUUUGUGUUUCUGAGAUUGUUUAUUGUACUUUUUGUACGAGUCUCUACCAUUCCUCCCAGUUUUCUCACGUUAUUGCUGUCAACAGUCUUGUUGACAAUAUAAGAUCAGGUUUUGCUUUAAAUAAAAACCAUAAAUUCAAUUUCUGAAAUAUAGCUUAAAAAGCAUGAACAUUUACCAUUUUAUCUGGGCAUUCAAUUAUUAUGGAAAUGAGACAAGUUUUAUGAGAUGGUAGUUAAAGUGAUGACUGGUAGCUAGUUGCACUCUUUUGUUGAAACAUAAUUUUAAGUAAGAUUAUGGCUGUCUUUAAAACAAAAACAUAACUACAUAGGUAUUACAAAAAACUAAAUACAAUUUAUUUCUGCCCAUACUUAUGAAUAUGAUAUUUUUAUGAUUUAUAUGAUUUUCUGUACAAGUAUUUCCAUGAAGUGUCCAAUCUCAAUACUGUCGCUAAAAGUUUACCUUAAUGCCAAAUUCUUCCGUCAAGUAGAUUCCUUUUAUCAAAAUCCUAUUACCUUUGCUCCUUCAAAUGGACAUUAAAGAGAAAACGUAUCACCAUGACCAAUAGGCUAAAAAAUGGAUUUGAUUACCUUUUUCCUUUCCAAGUACAUGUACUUGUGUGUAAUGUAUUAGACUUGGAAAAUUAGAAAUCUUACAUGUUAAAAGCAUACAAUAUUUAGGAUCAUGUUCCUUUGAAUUACAUUACCAAGGAAAAGUGUACCAGUUAGUGUACUUUAGCAAGUACUGUCAAACUUAUUUUAUCACUAUGAAAUAAUGAUAACUCAAUUACAUGGAAACUGAAAUUAUACUGUCAAAGGUAGCUUUCUCUGUGUAACUUUCGAUUUCAAGAUACAAAUAGCUUUUAAAAGCACAAUACGAGAUGUUUUUUUACCUGUUAUGCCACAUAGUGCUAUUGGUGUAUUGUAAGUUUGUUUUAAUUUGAUAGUGUUUGAACUCUGUUAAGUAAAAUGUGUUAUCUUCUCAGGGUUACCACAUGCUAGUGCCAGUUUGUCUCGCAUUCUACCCUUGUAACCUGAAAUAUGUACAACUUUUUUGUUCACAGACAAUUAAAACAAAAAAAAUAAUUUGCUCAAAGGUUUUUCUCCAAAAUACUCACAACUCUGUCCGUCCCUCAUUCUUGGUGUAUUUUAAUUCUAACCAUGUAUAGUGAUCAAUGUAAAACUAACUUAUAUAACAUAUGUAUUGGCUAAAUCAGGCAAAUGGUUAUCAAAAUAUUCAGUGAAGGGUAUUAACGAAUAUACCGAAGAGACAUGGGUGUCCCUUAAAAGUCUUUUUCCCUCCCUAUCUGAGCUGUACAGUAUAACCAGACUUAUUAGAUUAUUUCUCUGACACAUUGUGUAAUCAAGAUGUUUUAGUUCAUUAUUGCAUCAUUAUAAUUUGGUAAAGAUUUUCUUAUUUAUCAAGAUUUUGCAUUCAAAUUUAUCAACAUUUUUUGUUGUUGAAGUUAAAUGGCAAGUUAACCGAUUAAUUCAAAAAUUUGUUAAACAAAAGUAAUGGAAUUGUAUGUACCAUCCUGUUAGUAAUGCAUUCUUGCCCGGGGUGAUUAGUCUGUUUACCAGUAUGUGUGAAGUGCAGGGUAUAUCGGGACUAGAGGACUUGCUGUGUAUUUAACGUGUGGUCAUCAGUUUGAAGUGAAGUGUGAAAUGAAGAUGUUUAAUUCAUUCCAUCAAUAAUCGUUGGUUCCAUCCUUCAUUUACACAACCGUUACCUGUAACAUCUCGGGCACUCAGAUUUUCGUUGCAAACAUCAAUAAUUGGUCAAUUUGUAAUUUGAGCUCAGUCAAUUAAUAUGUAUGCAUUUAGGGUAGGUAGCAGCUAGUCUAGUAAAUUAUAUUGCUGUAUUUUGUAUAAGUAUCUUGCAACCCAUAUAAACAAGACAUAAGUAGCAUUAGGUCUAACCUAGCAUCAAUGGAGACGAUUCACAUUACGUCUUUGUUGAGUGAUGUUUCUCACAUGAUUUGACAGGAAUACAACUGUAUCGUAAUUCAAUAGAAGACCGUGAAGGAAUCGAGUCUAUGACAGGUUGGUUAACGCCAUAGAAAACUAGUAAAUUUAUUUCUACUCAGAUUCAUGGCAGUGAUGUACUGGGACAUUAUUUAAAAUACAUGUACAGCAAUUAUCAUACUGUACUAAUGUUCGUUCAAAUGAUUCAAAUCAAACUUAUUUAUUUAUGAAUUUCUAAGAUGAUUAUUAUAUGGUAUUUUUUAAAGGAAAUCAAUUAAUUUAAUUAGUAGUAAAUGUAGUACACAAAGUUACACCCCCCGCUCCCUAAAUUAGUCAUUUCUCUUUAAAAAAAAAAAAAGGAUUUUGUCUCUCAAAUUAAAAACAAAACUUCUUAAAUAAUGUUCAGAUUUUAAUGUUAACACUUCAUCAGUAUAUGAAUUAGUUGUGCAGAGUAACACUCCUUUUGCCAAAAUAAAUUCAAAACUACUUCUCCUGAAAUACUGCAUCGAUUUCACUUUGUCUAUAGACAAGGUUGUUGUAAACUGGUAGCUGCAUUUCAGUUUUAGAGUAUUUGUUUGGACUAAUAUUCCCGUGUUGUUUUCAGUCAGAUCUAUCAGAAAUACUUGGAUUGAUUGUUUUCAGUUAAGGACACACUAACACGGAUGAGUGGGGGUAUUUAUGUAGGCUUUUGUUUUACAGUUAUAGUUCCCUCUACUAUAGAUAAAAGUAAUUAUCUACUCUGAUGUCUCGCCCUUCGAAAGGGUUUAAGCCAGUAAGAACACCAUAGCAUAAGUAAGUAUCAGUAAAGAAAGUUAUCAGAAUCUUAGUCUAUAGCUUCAGGCAUCGAGUUUAUACUGAUGGUAGAAUGUCUAGAUGUUUUGUUUUUUAUCUGUUUUAAUAUUUUUAUGUAUUUGUUUAGUACUAUUUAUUAAAUUAUGAGUU